UUACAAAGUGGAAUAUUUUCUUUUUUGCUUAGAGCCGGCACUGCUUCUAGAUUUGAUAAAAGAAGCCAGUUCGAUUAACUUCGAUUGAUGACACGUUCUUUCCAGUCUUCCUCGAAGCUUGUAACUCAGAAAGAUGUUACGAAAUCAACAACUUGUUCUAUUGUACCUGCAAUUUUUAAUUUGUAAUGUGUUCACAUUUAACAUUAAAGUAUUAUCAAAAGAAGUGAUACAAAUCAACGAUACAAAUAACAUAACAUAUAACAGUGAUUGGAAAUGCAAAUCUAAUGAUGAAUGUACAGCGACAAAUAGCGUGUGCCAGAAUAAUCUGUGUCAGUGUGAAUCUGAAUAUAUCUUUAAUGCCGACAUGACAUCCUGCAUCAAAGUUGCUACUGGAUUGUAUGAUACAUGCGAGGAAACGAUACAGUGCUCGACUUACCUUCUCAGUGGAGCUAAGUGUAUCAAUAAAGUUUGCGUAUGUGGUCCCGGUUACUACUACCUACAUGGUAGAUGUAAUCGAUACGUUGGCUUAUACGAGAAAUGCAAGCAAGAUGUUGACUGCUACGUGAAUGCCGAUUUCGAAGCAAGCGUUUGUGAUAACGGAAUCUGCAAAUGCACUCCUGGCUUUUAUCAACGUGAAUAUCGCACUUGUCGCCGAGAAGGAAAAAAAGACGGCGACGAGUGCACAAUAAAUAACGAUUGUACUUUUGACAACGCGAUAUGUACUGAAUUUGUAUGUAAAGCAUCUCAAGUCGAAGAAGCAAUUGAACUUGCAUCUGACGCCAUGUUGACCACCAACAAUUCCGAUGCAAAUGAAGAAAUUCGAGUGGACGGUAAUUGUAUGACGAACGAGGAUUGCCGAGCACUGGGAAAUGCAGUAUGCAGUCCUAUUGGGACAUGCCGUUGUGACCGUGCUCAUUUUGCAUCCGCCACAGGCACUGAGUGUAUUCCAGAACUUGGAGAACCCUGUCAGGAAAGCCAAAAGGGCUAUAUAGAAAAGUCCUUUUGCCGCAAGGGAAGGUGGAGUUGCAGUAGUGACACAGUUGCGUCCAAGAAUAAUCGUGAAUGCCUCGAAGUAACAAGAGAACAUAAUGGAAACUGCGAACAUAUUGAACAAUGCUACGUUUUGGGGCCGGAUGCUCUAUGCAACAAUAAGAAAUGCGUGUGCAAUGAAAUUGUUUCGCACUACAUAAAGAGUGAACUCUUUUGCUGGGUGAAUAGAGGAGUUGAGGAAACUUGCAAACAUAAUCGAGAUUGUUAUGUAAAAGAUUUUAAAGGCGAACUGAUAUGCAAGAACAAUAAAUGCAGCUGUCCUGAUGGUACACACUUAAGAAAGAAUAAAAUGGCUUGUAUAAGUGAUGAAACAGGACUUGGAGGAAUUUGCGACGUGGAUGAUGACUGUGUGACACUCAACUCCGUUUGUAAGCGCGAAGUAUGUUCAUGUGACAAAAAUUAUUAUGAGCUAAACGAGAAAUGUUUGGCAGGUAUCAAUUCUAACUGCACGAAUAACGAGCACUGCACACCAAGAAACAGCGUAUGUGUUUCGAACGUGUGCUCUUGUGAGCCGAAUUAUGUGUCUGUAGCAACCGGCUUGUGUAUGCCAUUAUCAUCAUAUGACGAGCCAUGCUCGCUGGACGUCCAGUGCUCCAACAUAUCGGGUGCGAUUUGUGCGAGUAAACAAGUCGAGAAAGCUGCCACAGAUAUGGCAGAAUCACCAGAGACAACAGAAAGCAAAGUUUGUACUUGUAGCGAAGACAGCUACUACACAUUCGAACAAUGUUUUAAGAAGAGAUUUCUCGGCGAAACUUGUAUGAAUCAUAACGAAUGUUACGAAAGCGUUAAACAGAUUCAAGAGAAGAAAAUAAUCUGCAAGAAUGGAAAAUGCGCAUGCGACUGGGGUUGGAAUGAAUGGAAUAGCAGCGUAUGCGUGAAACAUCCAGAGGCUGCUGCGUUCUAUUUGAAUAGUAGUACAAUUAACGUCAUAUCCACAGGGUUAUUUUCGAUUAUACUUCUUUAUAUUUUUCUGUAAACUAUUCUAAAUUUAUAAAUGUAUAAAUUAUAAAUAUAAGAAUAUUUUUUAA